UUCAGAUUCUUUCAAUGAAAUGUGGUCAUACUUUUCACGUGACGCCUUAGCACAAUUUCAGUUCGAAUUUACGGAUGAAGUCACUUAUCUAAAUGACAAAACCCUCUGGAAAGUAUUUAAUGGCAAGAAAAAAACUGUCCCGUACGACAAAGCCACGUUAUUCCUGUGCGAGCUGAAAAGUUUAAAUCCAGAACGGAGUGAGCAAAUGAAAGCAUGUUUUAGGAGUUUCAAAACUCUGAGACACCCAAAUUUGUUGGCAUUCGUAGACGGAAUUGAAGCUCCGGAUAAGAUAUGUGUAGCUACAGAACCAGUGACUUGUUUGAGUCAAUAUGCAAUGGACAAUGACCUUUCGGUAGAGGAGGUCACGCUAGGGCUCAAUCAAGUCUGCACAGCCUUGGAGUUUAUUAUACAGCGAUGUAAUAUGAUUCACAAUAACGUGAAUUGGAACUCAAUUUUUGUGACGAAAAGCGGAGAAUGGAAAUUAGGUGGGUUUGAGUUCCUAAUGAAAAAAGACACGGAAAUAUUUCCAUCUAAGCUACCGUCGCUACAAAUUUACGACCCCCCUGAAAAGUCAAGAGGGGGUUUGAAUAAACGUGCAUUACAUGCAACAGACUCAUGGGGCCUUGGAUGUGUAUUGUGGGAACUUUUCAAUGGUCCAAUGACUAAACCGCAAUCUGUUAAAAACCCAGGCAAGGUUCCAAAGAACUUGCAAGAUAUCUUCUCAACUCUGACCACAACAAACCCAGCGAGUAGGUUGUCACCUUGGCUGCUAAAUGAGCAAAGCUUACUUCCAGGAGGUUGCAUGACUAACGUAUUAGUCAAAUCAAAUAUGUUUUUGGAUGAGAUAUCGAUCAAAAACACGGAAGAAAAGCGAUACUUUUUCCAAUCUCUACACGAGAAGUUAGACUCCUUUCCAAAAUGUUACUUAGUGCACAAAAUACUGCCUAUUAUGUUAGACACCGUGACGAGUAAUAUUGCCUUUGGAUCAAUAAUUCUGCCUUCUUUGAUGAAAAUUGGCGAAAGUUUGGAAAGCUUCGACUAUGAGUCUCAGAUUGUUCCUGUUGUAGUGAAACUAUUUUCGUCCCCUGACAGGCAAACAAGAAUGAAUUUGCUGAUCAAAAUUGACUGCUACAUUGAACAUGUGAAGAGUUCAACCGUGAACAAUGAUAUUUACCCCCACAUAGUACAAGGUUUCAUGGACACAAAUCCCACGGUAAGGGAACAGACAGUAAAAGCGAUGCUUUUUGUGGCGCCGAAAUUGAGUAAUAAGAACUUAAACGACGAUUUAAUGCGACAUUUUGCGAGAAUUCAGGCGAAAGACGAACACGCCGGGAUCCGAACUAAUACAACAGUUUGCAUCGGGAAGUUAGCGGGGUAUAUGGAUCCGGCAACGCGCCAAAAAGUGCUUCCGGCUGCCAGUGGAAAAGCGAUGCGCGAUCCGUUUCCGCCUUCCAGAAUAGCGGGAAUUCUGGCGAUUCUAGCCAAUUUAAAAUACUUCACAGUUAAAGAUACUGCUUGUAGAUGUCUACCUACUGUUUCACCUUUGACAUGUGAUCCGGAAAAACCAGUUAGGGAACAAGCUUUCAAAGCUGUUAACUUGAUGGUCAAAAGACUGGAAGAAGCUCACGAGAAGCCGGAGAAAGUCCAGGAAAUGGAGAUAGACGUUAAUCGGACUGUGAGUCACAGUAGUACAAACAAAGAUUACUUGAAGAGUUUUACAGGGUGGGUUUUGAGCUCGUGGUCUGGCAACAGUGCAAUAAGUGGCGGUGAGUCGUCUGCUGGAAGUAUGGGAGACAACAGAGGUUCGAAUCCGGGCCAGGCCCAAAACGGAUCCGUUGUUACAGCUGGCAAACCAAGGGAAGAUGUUAAGAAUAGCAAGUAUGAUAAAGAUGCGACCGGCUUGAAGCCAAUGAGUAGCCGUGAAACCUCAAAGUUAAGCGGUGGUUUGACAAUAGGGGGUUCUCAAAAAUUAGAAAAUGUUGAUAUCGCGACGAGUGGAUGGGAUGAUGAUGAUGAUGACGAUGAUUUUGAAAGAAUGUUAGAGAACGAACAAAUAACUUCCAAGAGAAACUUGAAAAGCAAAAUAUCUUCAUCUGCGCCAAACUCUCAAAGCAGAGAAAUGGUGACAAGUAAGCCUACUUCUAAUGCAUGGGAGGAAGAAAAUGAUUGGAAUGAUGGCGAUGACGAGGGCGAGGAUCCUUGGGAAGAUUUUGAAGGCAGCUCCUCGAAACCUGAGUUGACCCCGCUUUCAACUCCGAACAAAACUCCAUUUUCAACACCAAGCGCAUUUAUUGAUAAUAGCACAACAAGAUCAAAUCUAUCUACACAAUCGUCCAAGUUAGCGAGCAAAUCAAAUUACCAACAAGACUUUACGAAGUCUAAAACAGUAGAAUCAGUUAAGUUGGAAGAUACAAAACCUACUUUUCCAGUGACAGCAAUCAAAUCUAAAGUUCUACUGCCGCCUAAAUCAACAGCAUUAGCUUCAAAUAAGAUGAAACCGAAAUCAGAAGACGACUUUCUAUCUCAGCUUGAGAAAGAAGAAAGCAAACCAUCUUUUGGCGCUUCGGGGGUCAGUUUAAGCAACCAAACAAAUAAUACAGACAAACGGUCGGACGGAGGCGGGGCUUGGGAACAAUGGGGUGCGUGGUAAAGUUAGAAGUCAGAGGAAAUUUAUGGGUUAUAGUUUUCGAAUGGACAUCUAAGUUCAACAAAAUGGAUUAGUAUUCAGUUCACUGAGUUUUAUGGUGCUAGCAAUUUAGUCAUUUUUUUGCAGAGUAUAUUUCCUAUUUGCGCACUUACGUUUCUUAUUGCUUAAGUCUUCACUUGCUAGCAAAUUUAAAAUGGAGGUUUCGUCUAGUCAUGUUUGUAAAAUGAAGCUUUUAAUUUGCCUGCGAAUUUUUUUAUGUUGAAAGAAUCAAGAUUUG